AUGGGGUUCAUUGGCAGUCGUUUCUCUACUCUCGUCGCCGGUGAACAGCAGUGUUUAAAGAUACCACCAGCUUACCAGAUUCGACUCUCACUGGAGUAUCACAUUGGAUUGCAACAAAGUUUUUCAUCAUCCAAAAUCAAACUCAGGAUGGAAAAGACUCUAUUGCCCACUGCAUCGAUUCGUGUAAUGAGUGUGGUCUUUCUGCUAAGAUCCCAAGGAGGAGUUGCUAACUUUGGAAUGAGUAAUGAGUUUCAGUUGUUCAUCACAUCUGUUGUAAUUGCCCAAUGUAUUUCCCAAACUGUUAAGUUUGUUGGAAUGAGUAGGGAAGAUGAAAAGAAGGCUUUUUUAGUAGCAUAUUGUUUUGAAGUGAUUGGUAUUCAUAGCAUGUGUCUUAUGUGGAUCGUUGACCACAAUAUCCUCAUGGUACUCAUCAUGAACUUUUUGCUGAGGUUUAUUCUUCACUGUUGGGACAUUUGGAUGCUGGGUUACUUAGGUUAUCAAAUAGAUGUUGCUGUGGUAAGGGAGAAGAGGUUUUGGGUGAGGUUUCUUCUUAUCUGUUGUAGCAUUCUCAUCAUGGCUUUCAUAUAUGCAUCAGUCUUCAUUAUGGUGUCUGGCUAUAUGAGAGGUUGAGAUGAGUCGAGUACAUGGGUUAUUUUCAGUAAACAAUGAAAUGUGAUGGUGAUUGAUGAUUUUGAUGUCAAUUGUUCUUGUUGUUCUAUUACACUGUGUUGAAUAUUGUUAGUUUGGAUAUAUGUGAGUAUAUGAGUAGACCAAAUUAUGUAAGCAACAACCAGCUUUCUUAUAGCUGCAUAUUAAACUUUACAUUUACAAUGUAUGAAAUAUCAUUUAUUAGAUGGUUUUUUCUAG